GCAGGGAGGGAGGUAGGGGGGGGGAUACAGGGGAGGUUGCCUCAUCCCUCACCCUUACUGUUGCUGCCCACCCUGCGUCUCAUCACCCUUACUCAGCACAACUCUCGCCCUCACCACCAUGGCUGCUGCACCCUCGUCUCUCCUGCUGGUGGCCAGGACCGCCAGGCUCCUGGGGCUCCAUGGCAAGCUGAGAGGGGCGGCGUUGGCCGUGCCUGUACGUCACCUAUCAUAUUCACCGGGCCUCGCUCAGGCCAAGAAAGAAUGGUACGAGGUAUCAUACCAGAAAGUAGAUGGAACAAAAUUCACUGUGAAGGGGAAGGAAGGCGACAAUCUUCUGGACAUUGCUGUAAAUAAUGACUUGGACCUUGAAGGCUAUGGUGCUUGUGAGGGUACUCUGGCUUGUUCUACAUGUCAUCUGAUCUUCAAAAAGGAGGACUUUGAUUUAAUAGAAGAGCCAUGUACUGAUGAAGAACUGGAUAUGCUAGAUCUUGCAUAUGGACUCACAGAUACGGUAGCUUGCGUGUCGCUGUCUGGUGCCGGCUUCUUGGGCAUUUACGAAAUUGGUGCUAUUGAAUGCCUGGAUCACCAUUGGCCAGAACUUUUUAAAAAGGCAAAUAUGGCUGGGGCAUCAGCUGGUGCUCUUCUGGCAGCUUCUUUGGUAUGCAAUGUGCCAGUAGAGAGAAUCAAGUCAGGCUUUUUCGAAACAGCAGCUGAAGCUCAGAAAUGGACAAUGGGCCCCUUUAGCCCUAACUUCAGUAUUGAAGACUACUUAAGAGUGGGAUUAGAAGCUUUACCUCCUGAUGCUCAUAUUAGGGCCAGUGGGAGACUGACUGUAUCCCUCACCAAGGUUACCAGUAAAGAAAAUAUAUUGGUAUCCAACUGGGAGUCAAGAGAGGAACUCAUCCAAUGUCUUGUAUGUUCCUGCUUUAUCCCUCUGUUUUCUGGUCAUAAAUUUCCACUCUUUCGUGGAACUAAAUUCAUAGAUGGAUGCUUCACUAAUAAUCUUCCUGUGGUACAGCAGCCAACUAUUACCAUAAGCCCAUUUGAAAGCUUGGCUGAUAUUUGUCCAAGAAAUCCUUCAAAGGAACCCCUGUAUGUAAAGAUUGGUAAUGAGCAUAUGGCUGUAACAUUUGCCAAUGUAGCAAGACUUAUUCACUCUUUGUUACCCCCACCAGCAGAGGUCUUAGAGGACUUGUAUGUCAUGGGAUAUAGAGAUGCUUACUACUUUUUACAAAGGAAACGCUCAUUCUUUAGGUAGGGUAAGCAGGUGUGACAUUGACAACUGUUAAAACAUUUUCAUUUAAUGUUUCUUGGGUUGUUUGCAUACAAGCUUGUAAAGUAUUAUAGUACACAUAUGGGCAAAAUAUUAUGUACAGAAGCAAAAUUUGUACUACAAUGUACUACAUUUCCUUAAACAGUUAGUAUAAUUUAUAAGUGCAAAUAACCACAAUACUGUAGUAGGAUGCUGGAUUAGUUUUAGGGGAAUUUUAAUUUAUUUUUGUUCUGUAGAACUAGUGAGCAGUUUGAGUGCUCAGAGUACUUUGCAAUGCUAUUUAAUACUUUAUCAGUAAUCUGGGGUUACUGUACAUUGGAUGCUGGUAAGGCAAGCCCCACGAUCAUAAUGAGUUUACCAUCACAAGGUAGCAGUGGUCCCUAACCAAGUACAGUAUAGUGUUUACAGUGUUGAAUUAUAUAAUGUACUGCACUGUAGAAUUUGAAUAUACUGUAGUAUCUUUGAGUUUCAUGCAGACCAUUUGGAAUCGGCUGCAGAUCUGAAUGUGUUGAACCCAAGAAAAUAUGUUUGGUAAUAGUAUGUAUAUUAGUUUAUACAUAGAUGUAGCUAUAUGUUGGUACACUUUUGGAGUGUUUGGCUGCUUCAUCUGCAGAUAAUUCAAAUCAUAAUAGAUGUAUGUUGUAGUACUGUAUAUACCAAUUUUUGUACAUCAAACCACUUGAAAAUUUGUAUGUAAUAUGCUAGCCCCGAUGAUUCAGUAAUGUGAACCUUGUGUAGCAUCUUUGUAGCUUAAUAGUGUUAGAGCAAUCACUUUUGGAAGCUUUAAUCUUGAUCAUUUACAUAUUCAGUAUAACAGAGUUAAGAGAUGUUCUGUGGAAUGUCUUAAUCUUUUUUAAAUGGAAGGCAGAUCGUUAGAUGUUGAUAAGUUGGCUGAAAAGGAUAAAUCAGUAGAGGAAUUGCAAGUUAUUGUGAAAACUAUAUCAAUUAAACAAUAGAAACUUAGCAAGAAGUUAAAGAUUAGUGCAAAUUUGAGAAAAGGUGAUGGUUUAGGAAGAUGGGAGGUUAUCUAUCUUGAGGUUAUCUUGAGAUGAUUUUGGGGCUUUUUUAGUGUCCCCGCGGCCCGGUCCUCGACCAGGCCUCCACUCCCAGGAAGCAGCCCGUGACAGCUGAUUAGCACUCGGGUACCUA